CUAGACUUGAUGAGGAACAUACACAAAAAAUUUGAGCAAAAAAUAUCACCGGGAAGGCCCCCAAAAGGAGGAGGCCGGACGGCGCUCUGGUCAGGGAAGUCCUGACCGGAAGAUUACUCUAUAUAUAUAUGUAUAUAUAUAUAUAUAUAUUGAUUCUAUAUAUGUGCAGUGCUUCUUUCCAAAAAUCUUGUUGAAGUAUGUCAAUGGUCCAAUUUUCUUUUUGAAUUCUGCCUUUGACUCAUAUCAGGUUAGCUAGCUCCUUGCAUUUUAUUGCUUUUAUAUUUAUUAUAUAUAUAAAUACGUAGUACGAAGUAUAUAUUAUUGCUCGCUGGGUUUAAUAUUUUACUACUGUAAAACUAAUACUCUAAAGUUUUGAUUUUUAUUUCAAAAGAUACGGAAUUCCUUUUCUGAAGAUUUAUACAAUCGUAUAAAAAAUUAUACGAUGAGUCCAAGUGAUAUGAAGAUAUUAAAAGGUAAGUUUUUGUUUCGAUUUAUCUACUCUAUACAAAUUUAAUUUCCAUAUUUUUUCCUGGUUACAUUAGAAAUGUAUUAGGGAUACACAUUGAACAGUAUUGCCGCACUUUCUCUAUAAUUUUACUUUAAGGUUGUUAGAGCAUCUCCAAUGCACUUCUUUUGACAUUGGAGAAAUUUUGCCACAUCAUCAAUUUAAAAAGUGGGAUGAAUUUUUUAUCUCCAACCCAUUCUUUUAUCGGCCCUUUUAAUCCGACAUGGACUCGACACUUUCAGCCCCUCUGUUGGUAUUCAGAAAGCGUGUUUCACGCUGUGAAGAAGGCAAUCUCGCACAAUUUUGCAAAAAAAAAAGCGCUCCAUCCCUGAAAAAAAUGGCGGCAAAAGGUAGUAUAUAUUAUUCGCUUCCGCCGGCCCGCCUCACCCACAGACUCAAGCGGUCUACUGUCGAUGUGAAUCCCCCAAGCAUUCUAUCCAGGUAUUCCGAUAUGAAUUGUUUAUAAUCGGGUUAGAAUUCAUCAAAUGAGAGGUAUUUUUUAUUUGCUGGUUGCUUGAUUGCGGAAGUAAAUUUGAUAAAUUAAGUUAAAUGGGUACUUGCUGGCUAAAUUCUCUGAAACACGUAUUGAAUGUUGGUUUCAGCAAUAUGAACGCUGGUUUCAGCAAUUGUGACAAUACUAUCUAACACAAGUUUACCAUUGUUCAUCUGAAAUUUUGAGAAAGUAAACGUACUCUGGCAGAUUCUCUAAUAUUUUUUUAUGAGGCCAAAGUUUCCCACUUGUCUGGUUGUUGGUGAAUUGUUUUGGGAUUAAGAUGGACAUAGCCAAUCUCUUAAAUAAGGAUGGCCGAACAAGCACGUUUGGUUUCAUAUACAGAGCAUUAUUCUUGAAGGCUUAUUAGUGUGUAAAUGAAAUAUAUGAAUAUUGGAGAUGUGAUUUACCAAUUUUGGGAAAACAGAAUCUUUCAUUACUUUUAUAAAUGAGACUUCGUAUGCAUACUAGAAACUAAACUACUUAUCAAAUUUAAUUAUGCAUUAACAAAUUAAAUGACAUGCUAAUGAGUAAUAGCUUUUGCAAAAUUGCAGGGCAUGGUUGUGAAAAUUUCAAUGUAACUUGUACUCCGUAUAUGUAAAAUCAUUGCAUUAGUUGGAAACUAAGUUAAAAAGUGCUAAACCUGAAACAAUAAAUUUCAAAUAUUUAGUUAUAUACUAUGUGGUACGUAUUAGAGAACUUAUAAGAAGUAUGGAACAUGUAAUGUUUAUAUGCUGCAAUUUUGCAUAUCAUAUAUGCAAUAAGCAUAAAUAUUUAUCAAUUUAGAAUGGAACAAAUUAUAUAUGCAUAAAGUGUAUCAUAUAAUGUUUAGAAUGCUCCAAACAAAUUGUUUCUGGACAUAAAAUGUUCACAUAGUAACAACUAUACACACCAGUUAAAGGAGUUUUUUGUUUUAUUAUUUUUAACAAUUUGGUGUAUCUAAUGACUAUUUAUUUAUCAUAGCAAUACAGAUGGAUUCACAAGACUCAUUUGGGUUUACAAAUACUACACAACCUGCUACUUUUUGCAUGUCCCCAAUGAACAUGAACCAGUUUAAUCCUCCAUCCAAUUACACCGUGCCGUUGCACAGUCCGAAUCAAUUCAACCCACCCGCUGGCUACUCUAUCCCACCUCACAGUAUGAAUCAGUUUACUCCACCUGUCUAUCAUGUUGAUCCAAAAAAUGGAACUAUUCCUUUCCAUAUGGACCAACAUAACUCACAACAAUUCUCCUACCAAGAGCUACUGAACACACCCAUUGUGGCCUCUCAAAGUCCUGAGACCAUUAAGGCAUCAAAUAAGAGAGCUAAAAAUGCUAAAACCUCUAAUACUUCUCAGCAUUCUACUCCUCAACCUUCCAUUCUUAGAAAAGACUGGUCUAUUGAAGAGGAGGUUGCACUAACAGAGGCUUGGCUCUACAUUUCUGUGGAUGCUGAUGUGGGUAAUAAUCAGAAAAACGCUGCCAUGUGGAACCGUGUCCUAGAAGUUUGGAAAGGAAAAAUGGGGCCAGAUCACAACAUAUCAAGAAACAACAAUAGCCUCCAAUGUCAUUGGCAUCAAAUACGAGGUGCCGUAAGUAAAUUUGUUGCGAAGUAUGAGCAGUUGGAACGACGUCCACAAAGUGGUUCAAAUAAGGAUGACUUGGUGAUAAAAGCAUUACGCUUGUAUGAGGAUUUUUAUGGCACUCCAUUCAAAUUUCUCCAUUGUUGGGAAAUAUUGAUCAAGAAUGCAAAAUGGUGCUCACAAAUUCUUACAACGGCAGGGGCAUCAAUCAAUAAAAAUUCUGAUAAUGGCACUUCACCAACAUUGAAUGAGUGCUCAACUACUAUGCCUGAAGAUCUAACACCACCAAAAGAGACUGAUCCGGAUGGAAUUGUUCGCCCACAAGGAAGAAAAAAUUGCAAGGACAAGAAACGCAAGUUACAUGAAGAAAAAGGUGUGGUGGAUGCCUUAAAUAAGUUGCAAUCAACUUUGGAGAAACAAGUUGAUGUUAAUCGAGCAAGCAUGCAAAUGAGAGAACAAGUGUUGAUGAAAGAGAUUGAAUUAAAAGAAAAGGCUCAAAAACUAAAAGAGGAAGGUCAAAGGAGACAGUACCAAAACCGCAUUAUGAACCAAGAUCUAAGUAAGUUGUCACCAUCUGUUAGAGCUUCUUAUGAUGUUAUGCAGGCAAAGAUAUUGAAAGAAUGGGAGAGUGAUGGUCUUUUCUAAUAUACAAAAGUUGCAUUUGAGAGGGACAAAGUUUGAAGGCCUUGGUUUACCAUUUCUCAUGAACACUCUAUGAUCCAGAAGUUUUUCAUUUAUUUGCAUUCUUUGUUAUUUGUUUACUGAUUUUGAACACCUACAUAAAGUAUUAAGUUUUUGUCCUUCAUUUAAUUUUGAACACAUUCAAUUGUGUCUUAGUUUUCAUGUUCAGAAUGAAUGUCAUCUUUGCUUUUCAUGUGUGGGUUUUCUAUAGUAUGGACAGUAGCACGAGUUGUGCAGGAAAAAACAGAUCCGGAGUAUUAUUUAUACUUUAAUUUGUUGAGAC